AUGCCCUCCGCAACCAGCGCGGACCGAUUCCUGACACCCUUCAGCCUUACUGGGGUUGCUCCCGAAGCCACGUUGUAUGCAUACAAGGUGUUUGGCAGCGUCGAUGGGACGGACGAGGACACCCUCAUCGAGGCUUUCCUCACGGCGUAUGACGCCGGUGUCGACAUCAUCACUUCGUCUAUCGGCGGCAUCAGUGGUUUUCCGGAUAACGCUUGGGCCGUUGUAGCCUCGAGGCUUGUCGACAAGGGUGUUGCUGUCACGAUCUCCGCAGGCAACGACGGCCAGGCAGGUGCAUUCGCUGCCAGCAGUGGAUCAUCUGGCGAGCAUGUUGUUGCAGUUGCGUCAGUUGAGGCCGAUGUGUUGGCAUCGUCGUCUUUCAGGGGCGUCUUCAAUUUGGACGGGCAGUCCAACGAGACUCGUAUCGCCUACCGAGCUGUAGAGGACUGGUACCCUUCUGAUGUGAAGGACUGGCCUAUUGUGCCCCUGAGCCUCAACACCAGCACGGCCGAUGAGGCAUGUAAUACUCUCCCGCCUGGCACUCCUGAUCUGACUGGCGUUGUUGUAUUGGUGCGCCGAGGAGGCUGCAACUUCGAUCAGAAGCAGCGCAACCUCGCUCCUUUCAAUGCCUCCCACAUUAUUUUUUACAGUAACGACAUGCCUUUGGUGAGGCCUACCACUGAGGACACCAGCAGUCUAAUUGCCAUGGUCGAAGCUGGUGUUGGUGCUGCCAUCAUCGGCACCAUCAAGGCUGGCGGAAACGUCACGGCUGACUUCACUGAGCGCCCCAUCUUCAACAUUGUUGGUAUCAAGAACGAGGAGAACGGCGGUGUUGCCAGCUCCUUCACUUCCAUUGGUGCCACCAAUGAUCUGUUCAUCAAAGCUGACGUCGCGGCGCCCGGCGGUCAAAUUCUCAGCUCCUAUGUUGGGGGCGGUUACUCCAUUCUCAGCGGGACGAGUAUGUCAUGCCCGUAUGUUGCCGGAGUCGCUGCCCUGUAUGUCAGCAAGUUCGGUGGUCGCAGUGUCCACGGUCCUGAAUGGGCGAAGAGUCUUGCGAUGCGCAUGAUCUCUUCCGGCGAAGCCAUCAAGUGGGACGAUGGAGCGCUGGAGAACAACGAAUAUCCCUUCUAUGCUUCUGUCGCCCAAGUCGGCACUGGCCUCAUCAACGCCAGCAAGGUGCUUGAUUAUGAGACCACACUUUCGUUUGCCAAGUUCGCUCUGAACGACACCCAUAACUUCAGCCGAUACCACUCCGUCGAAAUCACCAACUCUGGAACCGAGCCGGUGACCUACAAUUUUGAGCAGCAAGAGUUUGGCGGCAUGAACACCGUCAACCUGGAUCCGACCGCCUGGGGAACUCCCAAGAUCGCGUGGGGUGAGGAGGUCUUGGCCGCGCCACAGAAAAUGACCCCUCAGAUCUCCUUCCCUGGCGCCGUCACCAUCCAGCCAGGAGAGACCAAGACCACCCAGUUCAACUUCAAGUACCCCGAAAGCCAGGAUCUCGACCCCGCCAAACUCCCCUUGUACAGUGGAAAGGUUUUGAUCAAGGGUAGCAACGGCGAGACGCUCGGCGUCCCGUACAUGGGACUGGCUGCUGACCUGCACAAGGACAUCGGCAUCAUGUUCCAGUACCCGGUCGGGUGGCCACAGAUGACAUCCACCCGAAGUGACAUUCCCAUCGCUCAGAAGUCCAACUUCACCUUCAACCUCGACCCCGAAGUUCAGGAUUUCCCCAACGUGUACACCCGUGCCCAGUAUGCCACGCGAGAGUUGAGAUGGGACAUCUUUGAGGAGUCAUGGACUGAACGGGAUUGGAAGUACCCUCCGGUGGUCGGCGAGGCAGGCUUCGUGGGAGCUGCGACAAGCUGGUCGAAGGCGCUGGGCAAGAACUACAUCGAUCCCAGUGUCGAUGACCCCAACGACCUCAUCACCCUUCCCAUGCGUGACGUGCCUAGAGACAUCGUAGGUUUAUACGGAACAGAGCUGUGGUGGCUCGGACGAUUGGCGAACGGCACUCAAAUCGCGCCGGGCAAGUACAAGAUGCGGUUUGCUGCUCUUUUCCCGUUCGGAAAUCCAGAAGCCUCAGACAACUGGGACGUCUUCGAGACCCCGGCUUUUGAGGUUCUGCCAUUGGAGAGUUGA